GUUUUGGUGCGCAUUCACUCUCAAGUGUCCAAGAAUCGUGCUGUAGUCCGCCGGAGUUGCUACACGAUUGUUAACGUCUCGUCCCAAUUGACAAGAAGGGCCAAAGAAGAAAGAAAGACUGAAUCUUUCUUACAUUUUUUGAAGAGUUUGGUCCAAGAGAGUAAUAAAGUUAUGUUCUACGGAUCGGCAGUUUGGGAUCCAUGGGUAAUUGUGGCUCAAAUCGUGUGCCUUCAGUGUCUGUAUUACCUGACGCUUGGGGUAUUCCUGUCGGUUCUUGUCGGGACUCGAGUUUCGAAGAUGACCCUUGUAUAUUUCUUUGAUUUUGCUACAGUUACGGCCUCUACAGCUACUGGCUGGUGUGUGAUGGCUUCUAUUCUUCUAAGCUCUGUUGCUGGAGCUGGAUUUUUGGUCUAUUUAGUGGAAAGAGCAAAGAAAUGCCUGGAUUUUUGUGCAACCCUUUAUAUAAUCCACCUUUUCAUUUGCAUUAUGUAUGGAGGUUGGCCCUCUUCAAUGACUUGGUGGGUUGUGAACAUAACGGGUCUAGCUGUGAUGGCACUAUUAGGUGAACGUCUGUGCAUGAAACAAGAAAGGAGAGAAAUCCCCAUAUCAAGAUAUCGAUCAAGUAACUGCUUGACAGGACUAGAAUCGUGCUGUUUUCAAAGACGAUUAUAGUUCAUUGAAUUAUAGUUAUUUUUCUAUUUUCCAUUUGCCAGUUGACAUUCAAUUGUCGACUGAAAGAGAAUCUUGCAGGAGCUUACCUGAGUCUUUUGUCUUUCUUUUGAGGCAUUUCAUUAGAUAGAUUGGAUAUUUUUCAGUUUUUUUCUCUCCAAGAAUUAUUUUGUAAUGGUUAUAUUACUGCAAUUUUCAAUUUGUAUCAUGUGAAAGUAUAAAAUUGACUGGGUAAUGCUAUGGAUCAUUGAUCAUUUUUUUUUUUUAA